CGAGUAUCUACUGGAAAUUGCCGACAGAGAAGUGAACGACAAAUCUCUGACAUUUAGUCAGUCAUCAGUUGUCUCAUCCGCCGGAUGGACUUGCUCCACCGGCCGCUUCCCAUCAAAGCUGAUAUUAUCGAAAUUUCAUACUGUUGGUGAAGUUGACAUCGAGGUUAUUACCUUUAAUUCACAAUCGAAAAAAAAAAGGUAAAUUGACGAUAGUUAUGGAGUCGUCGAGAUUUCCGUCUGGUAACAAUCUAAGGUGGUUGAAUCCUCUGGAUCCAUCAGUGAUGUUAGCUGCUGCCGCUGCGGGAUCGGUGACCCAGAUGGGCCUAAUGGAUUCAGUUUCUUCCUCUUCGUCCGUUUCCGAUUCGCCAGCUAGCCGAUUUGCACCGCUAGUUUAUCAGCACUUCUUUCAUCACCUGCCACCGCCGAGGAACCAACAGCAGAAUUUCGAUUUCCUGACCUAUCACGCGGCCGCUCUCCACCAGCACUUGGCCGUAGCUGCUGCCGCCGCCUCCAACAGAACGUUUCAACAAUGUCAACAGCAGUUUUCACCGGCAGCAAUCAUGAACCGAAUGCCAUUGGCAGCAGGAGCUCCGGAUGCCAGUUUUCUGGAAGGCGACAGCAGAUCAUCGAAAAAAUCCGCCACCAUUGGAUACAGCGUGGCCGAUCUUCUCUCCGAUCACCAACGAUCGAAUAGUUGCGAUCGCAUGAAUAACACGUCUCCCGAACGCUCAGAAAGUGAAUUGGAUAUCCUGUCGGAAGGCAGUAGCAGCCUAGAAGAAGACGUGAUCCAGGACAAAACCCAGCACAGCAUUUAUCCCGUCAUCAUCAACUCAAUGGGUUGCAGCAGCGAGGUGGUGCUGGCCGACGGAGCAGUUGAUUCUUUAGGUAAUAAUACGGCCAACUCAACAGUGGUUGUCACCUCGUCCGACAGCUCGAUCGACGCAACGAUUUCUCACGCCGGCGGCAACAGUAAAAACCGCCGUCGCCGGACAGCUUUCUCUACGCACCAGUUAAUUGAACUGGAGCGCGAAUUCCAGGCCAAAAAGUACCUGAGCUUGACAGAGCGCUCACAAAUUGCCCAUCAGUUGCGUUUGUCGGAAGUUCAGAUCAAGAUUUGGUUUCAAAAUCGACGCGCCAAAUGGAAAAGGGUCAAAGCCGCUCUGGUGACAGGUGGCCCGUCUCGAAUGAAUAGCGGCGGUGGCCAGCAUUCCAACCACCACCAACACCAGCACCACUCACAGCAAUCGCUUUCGCAUCAUCAACAUCAUUCAACUGGCACUCAUCAUCAUCACUCGUCGUCCCAGAACCAGCAAAAACUAGUGGUGCCCAUCCCGGUGCAUGUCAACCGAAUUGCGCUUCGCUCCCAGCACCAGCAGAUGGAGAAAAAUCCCGGUGGAGCUGCUGCCGGUAAUAAUAGUAAUAAUUCUAAUAUUACCGCACCGCACCGACAGCAUCCAUCGCCUGUGACGGAGUUGAACCUGUCGUCGUCCUCACCAUUCCGCUCUUCCGGCUCGACUCUCUUUCGUUCACUUUCUCACCGACCGGCCCAUCCGUCGGAAGUGGAAACUUCGGCUGCCACCGCCGAUCAAGCAGUUUCAAAUUCAACUUAUUAAAUUAGAUUAUUAUUAAUAUGUUAUGUCUGUACACUAUAUAAAACACUCACGUAAUUAUAAUCACAAUGAAUUCAUCUAAAUCUUGCAUUUUUAGAACCUUUUCAUCCCUUUUACCAUUUUUUUAGAUCUCCCACUGAUUUUGAAUAAUUAUGUCACUGGUUACCUAUGAUAAAUUGGGUUUGUUAACGAGGCACAAUUAAAUAAAAUUCCAAUAAA